AUGGGCUGUUACAAACGCUGCUACCUUCGUCAGUGGGCCCUGACGGAUACGGACCUGCACGGGGUGAAGCACAUCGCUGGGGAGGGCGGGAUACUGCGCCGUCUGAUCUGGGCGGCGUGUUUCUUGGCCGCGCUGGUCGUCUUCUUGCACCAGGCCACGCUGACGCUGAUCCACUUCGUGGAGAAGCAUCACGUCACCAAAGUGGACAUCUCCUACCGGAAGAAACUCGACUUCCCCGCGGUCACUGUCUGUAACUUCAACAAGUACCGGGAGUCGGCCCUGACGGAUCGCGACAUCAGAAAUGUCGGCUACCAUUUGGGUAUUGUCGACGAAGACCACAACCUCAUCAACCCUUAUCUGUACACGGAGGAGUUCAGGCGAAAGAUGGCAGCCGUCGAUUGGUCGGUUCACGACAUUGACGAUGAAUACAACAUGACGGAGUUUACCAACCGGACGGGGCACCAGUUGGAUGAAAUGAUAGUGGAGUGCUCUUGGCGAGAUGAGCCCUGUUCUCCUGACGACUUCCACCACAUUUUCUCCCAUCUCGGGAACUGCUACACCUUCAACCACGUGGCCCUGGCCACUGAGCGUCACUCAUCCAUCUCUGCUGGGGCAGCCAAUGGCCUGAAGUUGACCUUGAAUAUCCAAGAGGAGGAGUACACGCCUAGCAACGACCUUCAUGGAGCAGCCGAGGACGCAGGGAUCAAGUGGAUGCUGCAUCAUCCCUCAGAGCCGCCUUACGUCAAGGAGCUGGGUUUCGGGGCGGGUCCGGGCCACCAUACCUUCGUCGCCGUUCGUCACGAAGAGGUUGAAAGUCUUCCUUCACCGUACACACCUUGCAUGGAGACAAGUGCUGGCUUCCUUGACCACUUCGAUCAUUACUCGCUUCAAGCCUGCCGGAUCGAAUGCGAGACCGAGGUCGUAGUGCAGAGAUGCGGGUGCCGACUGGUUGAACAGCCGGGAAACGCUCCUGUCUGCAACCCCGCUGAGACGCACGAAUGCGCCCAAGCCGCUCUGGUUCAUGCAGUGGCGGGCCAUGGAGACCAAGCCUGCGACUGUUCGUCACCGUGUUCAGUUGAAAGUUACCCCUUUACAACCACCAACGUUAGGCUUCGAGCGAAGUACAUCGAGAGAAUUUACAGCAACACUACUCAUAACUUCUCCGCUGAUUACAUACAGAACAAUCUUGUGCUCCUGUCUAUCUACUAUGAGGCCUUGAACGCCGAAGUGAUAGAGCAACUUCCGGAGAUGACCGUACCGAGCCUGCUCGCUGCUUUGGGCGGAAACUUUGGUCUGUUCCUCGGGGCUAGCGUCCUGACGAUAGUGGAGUUGCUGGAGUAUGUCUUCGAUGAGUUGACAGCAUCAUGUACAAGGCGAAAGACCUCCGGUCGCAUUAGCAAUGCUCGCGAGAUUUUGACGGUCAGGGCCGCACCCAUAUCGGUUAUCGAUACUGAGAAAGAGUUGGAACAUGGACGCCAAUGGAACAGAUAACAGUCCGGACAACAAAAAGUUAAGUACUUGACGUUUGGGGUUAUUGUGAUAAUGUAGUCAUGUACAUGUAUUUAUUUCACGAUCUCAGGUCUUUAUAUGCAAGGCUUCAUUAUUGAUGGUAGAACCAAGUAUUUUCACUGCCAAUGACAUCAUAAUUUUUAUAUACCUUUUCAAUUUGAGCUUAUCUAGUAACAAUUAGGUUGUCUAUGGCAAAUAAUAGGCCUAUACGAUAUGUUGACUCUGAUCUCUGUUAGCUAUUACAUUAGGGCCUAACUACUAUUUAGAACAAAUGUUUUUUGAAGAAAUUUUGGGGAAAUGUAUUUAGUGUAACACCCAGGAGAACACUACGCCAGUAUAGGGCCGCAUCUAAUGUCACAUCUACGGUUGGCUAUCCGGUGGGCAGUAACGCACGAGUCUAUGGGAAGUGUUACAUCUCCAG